CGACGCUAAUAAGAAUGCGUGAUUGCGUCUGUGCAGCUCUACUAAUUAAUUUAGUAAGGCUCAGUGUGACAAUUCCAUCGGUACAGUAACAAGCGAUUGUUCAGAGGGGAACUGUUAAUCAUUUUAAUUCUGUGAUAACUUUUCUGUGAUUCUGUGAUUAAAUUUCUUAAUAUAAUAUCGUCAAAAUGGAUGAGAUUCAACUCAGCAAAGAUCAAAUCGCACAGUUGAAAAUGGGUUUCGAAGCGUUCGAUCCCGACAAGAAGGGAACAAUCACCACCGACACAGUCGGCACCAUUUUGAGUAUGAUGGGGAUGAAAAUUCCAUCCGCGCAACUCAUCUCGGUCAUCGCUGAAUACGAUCCAUUCGGAUCCGGGGAAAUGAAUUUCGAAGAAUUUUGUAGCUUAGCCUCCCGAUUCAUGGAAGAGGACACGGACACAGAGGCUAUGCAGCAAGAAUUGCGCGAAGCGUUCCGCUUGUACGACAAAGAGGGAAACGGUUACAUCACCACCGAUGUGUUUAGAGACAUUCUUCACGAAUUGGAUGACGCGCUGUCCCCCGAGGAAUUGGACAUGAUCAUCGAUGAGGUGGACGCUGAUGGUUCAGGCACGGUCGACUUUGAGGAAUUCAUGGAGGUCAUGACAGGUUAAAUUAUCACCUUGGCACGAGGCGGUCGUCCCUCGUGGUCGGUCGCCACGAGAGGCGCAUAUAUAAACGACGAUGCCUUUACUACACACGUGGAAAACGCGCGAUUUAUCGAGAUAAUGUUGGCAAAGUAUGAAGUUAAAGGUUCGUAGGUGACGUUUCUUGGGAUGGUGAUGCUUAUAAUGCAACUGUAAGAGAAAAUAUUUAUGCGCGGUCGAGUUUUGGACUCACGAUCGGCUGAAAUGUAUUUCUAUCUAUGCGCCGGAAUUAAACUUGGGAACCCCAAAGAUCUUCAACGAGGAUCUAUGGUUCACGUAGAAACAAGUUUAUAUUAACAUAAAUUGACCGUUUUAUUUUUUUGUUUCUCUUCCAUUGAUCGGGAUCGAAACGAAUUCUCAUUUUGUUCGUUGUAUCGUAUCAAUUAAGAGAAGAUGUUUGAUUGAAUUUCGCGAAAGAUUGGAAAAACUUCAUAUUUUGUUCUCGAAACGACCGUCAUAAUACUCAUGAACGACAUUAUAAUGAUAAAAUUGUAUAAGUUUAAGUAUAAAGUAAUUUGAAACAAAAAAAAAAAAAAAAAAAAAAAAAAAAUUAUAAAAAGAAUGAAAGUACAAAAAAAUAGCAAAUAUAAAUCGUGUAAUUUAUUUGCCCUUCUUUAUAUUAUAUUUGCAUGUCAUUUCAUUCAUGGCGUGCAAUGACAAUUGCCCAA